UGCCAUGUUGAUGUCUGUUACACAGUGAUCUUUGUUGUUGGUUUUUAUUUUUUCUCUCUUCGUUGAAAUCGUGAUGGCGGGACGAGUAUUCGCGAGUUUAAAGUGAAGAAGAUAGACGGACAGCGCCAGAUCUGUGCAAGUUUUCGCUGCCGCGGUCGAGUUUUUGUCGAUUGCAACUCCUAUAUACCCACCUAGCGACGAUCGUGGAGUGGCUUGAUGGCUGCUGCUGUGUGCAGUUUUCUGCGGUUGCGUUUGUCAAAAGUUAGCCCCGUAACGGCGUGAAAACACGGUUUUCGCGAGCGAUUUUCGGUGUCUAGGAUGUGGCAUUAGUGAUUUGCUGGUGAAAAAUAGUGCAUUUUGGGAGUGGACUGUUGUGAAAGUGUGUUGUUCUGAUUUCGGGUGCUGCCUGCCAGAGUAUACGCUAGUGGAGAGCGCAUCAUAACCGACCACGGUGAGACAUCACCGCAAUAAGAUAAAGUGUAAUAAAUUAUAAGAGAAGCUAAGAAGUGAACGAGCGGAAUCGAUUCGGGAAAAUCAAUUACGGGUGAAGGUUUGCCGGUACCAGAACCAAAUCGGCACGGAGUAUGGGUUACGAUUUGACCCGCUUUCAGGGAGACGUAGAUGAAGAGUUGAUCUGUCCUAUAUGUUCCGGUGUGCUGGAGGAACCGUUGCAGGCGGUGGCAUGCGAACACGCGUUCUGCCGAGCCUGCAUCACCGAGUGGCUGUCGCGUCAACCGACCUGUCCGGUCGACCGGAAUCCCAUCACCAACAGUAAUCUCCGAGCAGUGCCAAGAAUACUUCGAAAUCUACUGUCACGGCUGAACAUCAGCUGCGAGAACGCCAUGUACGGUUGCACCCUGAUCCUCAAGCUGGACACAUUGGCCACUCACAUCGAGGAGUGCGAGCACAAUCCCAAACGUCCGCUACCGUGCGAGAAGGGUUGUGGGUUUGUGAUUCCAAAAGAUGAAUACAAAGAUCACAACUGCUUCCGGGAGCUGCGGUCGCUAGUGCACAAUCAGCAGCAGAAGAUGAGCGAGCUGAAGAACGAAAUCAACGAUCAAAAUCUUGUGAUAAAUGAACUGAAGCGGGAACUGAAUCUUGUGAAGGAUUUUAUGAGGGCGAUGCGCGUGUCGAAUCCCGCGAUGCGAGCCAUCGCCGAUCAGAUGGAACGGGAUGAGGUAACGCGGUGGUGUAACGGACUGGCGAGGGCACGUGUCACCCGGUGGGGUGGAAUGAUCUCCACCCCGGAUGAUGCACUGCAGCUGAUGAUUAAACGAGCUCUGUCGGAAUCUGGUUGCCCGCCGCAUAUUCUUGACGAUCUAAUGGAGAACUGCCACGAACGACGGUGGCCCCGUGGACUGAGCUCGUUGGAAACCCGCCAGAACAACCGUCGGAUAUACGAGAACUACGUCUGUCGACGAAUUCCUGGUAAACAAGCCGUUCUCGUACUCCAUUGUGACAACACGCACAUGUCUGAGGAUGUCAUGGUAGAACCGGGACUGGUGAUGAUAUUUGCUCAUGGGAUAGAAUAAGCCGCGCAUCCUCUCGCUCGGCUACUAUUGAUGGACUUCACACAAAAAACAACAACUACCGGGAUAUUUACUGCUGAUUGUUUGCUACUAUAACUACCAUUAUUAAUAUAACAUUUACCGUACAACUUAGAACAGAAAAAAAAUUAAUAAUUUUGAGCUGAUUUACGUUGAUUAAAUAGCUUUUUUCUCUCUCAUCUUAUACCAGUUGACACAAUUUGCAACGCCGUUUCGCAAAGCACAAGGUAAAACUGGAACAUUAAGCUUGCCACAAACCCCGGAAAAAAAUCCAAUUUUCUUUAGCACGUACAGCAGAAACCGAUAUGUCCAUGAUCUCGUAAGGAUUUGGAAUCCGCCCUUUUUUGUGAGUAGAAAGCUUUUCUCUGUGUUAGCCGCUUCGUUCGUUUUCCCACACGAGAGCUCUAUUUUGCUUGAAGUGAGAACAGCGUUUAGAAAUUGCCAAACUUUCUACUAGUGAUGAUCGUAAUGCUAUGAAUUAUGUUUGUUUUUCAAUCGAGUAAAAACGUAAGUGACUUGAUGGAUUAUAUUAGCUAAAAUAAAAUUGUGAGUUGAUUCGAUCGGAGUCUGAGUCGUUACCCGCACGUAAGACAAUUCAGCUUAGACCUUGAAAGCUUUUAGAGCCGUUACUAAAAGGAAUUUCUUUAUGUUCUUGUGCGAUGAAAAACCGUAGACAAAAUGCAUUGAUUUAGAUAAGAUUAGCUUCUAAGUUUGUGUAUUCUAAAAGAAGAAUAAAUCUGUCUGUGGACGAAAAAAUAA